AUGGUCAAGUACGUGAAUCAACUACUUUCCUCACUCUCAAAGCCAGUUUUGGAACGUUAUUUGGUGGCUCGUGGAGCAACUCGAAUCAUCGUCCAAGAUUUUGAUCUCUGGACACAAAGUUUCGGCUCAAGAUAUAUUCCAGCGUUUGUAACAUCAAAAGAUUCCGGUGAGAUCGUGAGUACUGGUCAUGCAUUUGAAUAUAUAAAUAUUCACGAUAAAGCCAGCAAAUUAUGCUAUGGUGGAUUGCUUUGGGUGGACAAAAAUCAUCGGGGAAGAAAAUUAUUGAUUCAUUUAACAAAGCUUGCAGCAACGUAUCCACUAGUCAAAUAUCCAUUUCACGGAAAUAUGAGUGAGAGAAAUUAGUAUGAAAGUUCCGAAAAUAUGUUUAUUACAGAAAGCACUUCCACAUCCUUCUUCAGAAUCUUUACUGGUGAAAAUAACGAAUUUUACACAAGUCACUAUUCAUUCUACGACAAAAGUGAAUUGAAAAUCGAUAAUAUUGAAAAAAAAGAUAAUGGAAUUAUCUUGAAGAAGUUAUCUGAAGUGUCUCCUGAUCUUCUGACUAACUACGAUCAAAGUGUAUUUCCGUAUGACCGAGAAACCUAUAUCAAAGAAUAUAUGAAACAAGACCAUUGUUAUUCACGAAUUGCGCUAAAUCCAGAAGGAAAAGUUAUUGGUUACGGUAGUAUUAUAAAUUACAGUCACAGUGGAACCGCUGCAAUUCAACCAUUGUAUGCUGACAAUGCUGAUAUUGCUCGAAAUAUAGUUGUUGAAAUUCUUCGCGAAGAAAACUUGGACUUCCAGAGACUUUACUUACGAACCAAUGAAGAUACUUACACCUGGCUCCAGCCUUUACUGAAAGACGGUGUUGAGGCUCGUCGAAAAAAACAUUCAGUUUACAGAUACAGUAAAGAACCUCCGAAGGGUUUUGAUAUGAAUAAAUGCUUUGCUUUUGCAAGCAGCAAAGUUUGCCCAAUUUGA